AACAGAGGGUAGUGAAGUAUAGUAGAUAGGUAGAGAGGAGGCAGGACAGUACUCCUCCUGAGUAGCAGCAGUAGUAUUGUAGUAGCAGGAGCAGCAACUAGCAAGUAUAGUGACAGGGGAAAUAGCAAAGGAUGGUGACAAAACAAAUGAGCUACUACUAGUAUUGUAGCACUAAAGUUGCAAAGUUUGAAUACCUUCACUCAUGUGGUUGGUGUUGUUUCAAUGCAAAGAUGAUGGUCCAAGGUGCACAGUGGCCAUGGCCAACCUAGCCAGCUACUACCGAGUGGCAGUAUAUGCAGCACUAUACAGUAGUAGUAGUAUGGCUAGCUCAAGCUCAUCAGUGUUUAUAUAUAUAUGCAGUUGUGAAGGCUCUCAUCAGUAGCAUACCUCUUUCUGUGGCACAUAUGCAUGUACACAUAACCAUUUGGUUCUCUCUACCUCUUUCUUGCUGCUGAUUCAGUUGCUCAUCCAAGGCAAGAGGUGCUUGCAGUUUUUGUUGCUGUUGUUUUGUUGCAGGUAGUUAACUGAAGAUUGCAAGGUGAGACUGACAAUGGUGGCCAGCAAGCAGCUCCACUCGCAGCGAUGUGGCGGCCACUACUGCCAGCUGCACCACCACCGGCCGGAGGAGAUCGCCGGCGCCGGUGCCGAGAGCCACCGGAGGGACGGGUCGAGCGGCUGCGGCGGCGCUGGUCCGAUGGUCGUGCUGACCCUCGGGUCCGGCGCCGCGGCGGCUGAAGACGACGGUGGCGGCCGCUCGCGCUGCUGCUGCGGUGCCGGUGGCGCCGCGCCGGCGACGAUGGUUUCCGCGUUGCGUGGUUCGAGGUACCUGCUGCCGGCGCAGGAGCUGCUCCGCGAGGCGGUGUCCGCCGCCGCCGCCAGCGCGCGAGGUGGCGACGACGACGACGAGGCGGUGGCGAGCUUCCCGCACGACGGCAAGAGCACCGGCAUUGGCGGCGGCGGCGGCGGCGUCCAAGCCAAGCUCCUCAGCCUUCUCAGCGAGCUGGAGAGCCGGCACGAGCACUACUUCGGGGAGCUGAGGCGGGUGUCGGCGUCGUUCGAGCCGGCGCUGGGCGCCGGCGCCACGGCCGGGUACACGGCGCUCAUGGCGCAGGCCAUGUCGCACCACUUCGGCAGCCUGCGCCGCGCCAUACUGCGCAAGCUCAGGCUCCACGCCGCCGCGGCGGCCAGGACGAGGUCGGCGUUGCUGCGGCUGGCCCGGGACGCCAUGGAGGAGGACGACGAGGGCGACGGCGAGGAGGAGGAGGAGGUGGUGAACAGGGUGGUCCGGCGGACGAAGCAGGCGGCGGCGGCGAGGGCGGAGCAGGCGUGGAGGCCGCUCCGGGGAUUGCCGGAGGACGCCGUGGGCGUGCUCCGGGCAUGGCUCUUCGACCAUUUCCUCCACCCGUAUCCGAAUGACAACGAGAAGCUCAUGCUGGCCGUGGCUACGGGUCUAAGCAGAACCCAAAUAUCGAACUGGUUCAUCAACGCGCGAGUGCGGCUGUGGAAGCCCAUGGUGGAGGAGAUGUACAACGACGAGUUCGACGACGACGACGCCGGCAGCGGCGGCGGCGGCGCUUCGUCCUCCUCGUGAGCUCCUCGCCGGCCGGAGUUCAUCCUUGAUCAUGAUGGGGAAUAUGCGUGCUUGCUUGCAACUUUGCAAGAGUCCAAUGGAUCGGGUGGCCGAUCGACGCAUCAUAUCAGAGCCUAUAUAAAUCGUUCUAAGCAUUAGUUUUUCUGAGAUUUCUGCUCAUGUUUCCGAAAAACUUUGCGUUUAGUUUUGUUUCUGGAGGAGUUAUUGGAUGCAGAAGCUUCUUUGUUUGUGGUAGCGUGGGUGAGUGCACCUUUGUAGUAGUGAGGACUGAGGAGUAAUUCAGGCUUGCAGCUCUGAAGCUAGGAAAGGGAUUGGGUUUGUUCUA